AUGGCGAAAGGCCAGCAAAACCAGAGCGGAGGAACUGGCCAAGGAUUCGGAAACGCCGUCACCAUUGUCGCCGGUGUCUUUGCUUUGGUAGCAGUCCUCAUCGACUUCUUGACUAUUAUACUGCAGGCGAAGAACUACCGCAAACCGCUUCUCCAGCGCCAUGUCAUUCGCAUCCUAGUCCUGGUGCCCAUCUUCGCGGGCGCCUCCUGGGCCUCCCUCACCUCCCUCAAAGUCGCCUUCUGGAUUGACCCCUUCCGCGACGUGUACGAAGCCUUCACAAUCUAUACCUUCUUUCAACUACUCGUCAACUUCCUCGGAGGAGAAAGAAGCCUGAUAAUCAUGAUGCACGGCAGACCACCCGUCUCCCACUUGUGGCCACUCAAUCACUGCUUUGGGAAAGUAGACAUCAGCGAUCCGCACACAUUUCUCGAGAUCAAGAGGGGUAUUCUGCAGUACGCGUGGAUAAAACCUAUAUUGGCAGUAGCUACGGUGGCAUGCAAAGCAACGGACACAUUCAGAGAGGGGAUCAUCGCGUUGGAUUCGGGAUACUUCUGGACGGGUUUGGUCUACAACAUCAGCAUUUGCUGGUCACUCUACGAUCUGGCUCUCUUCUGGGUCUGCAUGUCUCAGGAUCUCCAGCCCUUCAGACCCAUGCCAAAGUUCCUCUGUAUCAAGGGCAUAAUCUUCGCAUCCUGGUGGCAGGGCUUCUUGCUGUCGAUCUUUGUUUGGAUCGGCGCCAUACCUUCGUUGAAGGAGAGGGGAUACACCGCCGACAAUCUAGCUGCAGCUAUUCAGGAUGCGCUCAUCUGCUUCGAGAUGCCCUUCUUCGCCGUCUGGCAGUGGUAUGCUUUCAACUGGAAAGACUAUGCCGACCAGACCAUUAGCGAUGCCAGGAUGCCGAUUCGCUUUGCACUUCGAGACGCCUUCGGUCCACGAGAUCUCAUCGAAGACUGUAAAGAGACCUUCUCGGGAAAGAAAUACGAAUACCGCUAUUUCGACGCGGACGAUAAUGUCAUGGCGCACGAAGAGUCAUCUAGCAGGGAAGCCCGCAUGAGAGAAGGUAUGCGGUACGAGAGAAACGGACGAGGGAAGUACUGGGUGCCUUCACCAACUGAAGCACGCCAGCCACUUCUCGGUCGAUUCAGCCAUGCUAGGACGAUGAGCCCCAGCGAUGGGAAGAAGGAUCGCUCUACAAGUCGUGGGAACGGCUAUGGUACCAAUCGCGAGCCAGAAGAACCGCAACUCGAUGCAGAAGAGGAACGCCUGUACACCAAUGCUCGAGCACUCGAGUUUGGCGAUUGGAAUUACCCUGUCAUCAACACGCAUUAUGCCACGAGGCGAGAUCGACUCCGACAGAAUCCUAACACCAUUUCUCAGUCUACGAACAGGGCAAUUUUGCAGCCUACUCGAGAGAACAAGGAACGGCGCAAGAGCAAAAUCAACGAGAUUCGGCAAAACGUGCAUCAACACGAUCGGCCCGAGACCUCAUCUUCGAAGCGUGACAGUCAUGGCAGUGGGGGAAGUGGUGAGACAUCCUCGAAAGGCAAAGAGAAGUUGAGGCAGCUGCCGGUCGUGGGCAAGCUCGUCCGCAAUGAGUCCAGCGAGAGCCGGUCCUCGAACAAGUCUCGAUCAUCCCAAUUGGUCGACUUGGUGGUUGAAGAUCAUGAUGCAGAAGAGGUUGAGCGAGUGAGAGCACGAAAAGAAGGCGGUCCUGGCUGGAACUCAGUCGAGCAAAGGCACUUCGUUAAGACGUAUCCCGAUGAAGAGGAUGCGGAGGAAGUUCGGCAGGGUUUCAAUCCUGAUAAGCCUGAGCAGAAGAUCCAAGAGCAGAAUCACAACCUCUCGGAUCCGUUCGCCAUUGGAGACGGAGAAGAUGAUAUGACUCCUGUGCAAGACCAGCCAGGAACCGACCAGAUCGGCCACGAGCAGCCGUGGGAGGAGAGGCGGUAUUCGAACUUGCAGCCGCACAAGAAUGACGAUGGUGAUGUGCCCAGCCCUCUAUUUGAAGAGGAGAGGAAUGCUUGGGGCGACAGAUGA